GUGGGUUAAAUAAAUCAAGAUACUUGAAGUGCUUAGAGCAGCGGUCUGCCGGGAGCCAUAGGGGUUCAACUGGACUUCCUGCCACGUGAGAUUUUACCCGCUUCCUAAAAGAGGUUUCGGUUCUGAUCGCCCCUGGGAAGCGGAGCCGGAGGAUGGAAUGCGUCACACCACUGUUCCUGUAUCUCAUAGACUGACUUUCGAAAAUGCCGAGUAGGAAAUUUGCCGACGGCGAGGUGGUGAGAGGCCGCUGGCCGGGGAGCUCCCUCUACUACGAAGUGGAGAUCCUGAGCCACGACAGCGCCUCCCAGCUCUACACCGUGAAGUACAAGGACGGCACCGAGCUUGAGCUGAAGGAGGGCGACAUCAAGCCUUUAACUUCCUUUAGGCAAAAGAAAAGUGGCUCAACUUCCAGUUCUCCCUCCAGACGCCGAGGGAAUCGGUCAAGGUCACGGUCACGCUCUCGAUCCCCGGGCCGAUCCCCAGGCCGAUCCCCGGGCCGAUCCCCGGGACGAUCCCCGGGCCGAUCCCCGGGCCGACCACCUAAAAGUUCCCGCCAGCCUGCCUCUGCUUCGCACCACGCUGACAUUAAGGAAAUGAGGAAGGAAGUGUUGGAAGUGAAAUUGACUCCACUGGUGUUGAAGCCGUUUGGAAAUAGCAUCAGCAGGCACAACGGGGAACCCGAGCACACGGAGUGGAAUGACAUCGCUCACAAAGCCCCGCAGGAAAAAUUCCAUUUGUCACAAGAAAGUAGUUAUAUAUCUGCACAGUAUAGCCUUCGUCCAAGAGGAGAAGAGAACAAGUUAAAAGAAAUAGAAUUUAAGGAAGAAAAGAUUGUUACCAAAGGGCCUGCAUCACUGAGAUCCAUGGAAGUGACAGCCACACCGGCGAAGGACCUAGAGUUCGGAGGAGUGCCCGGUGCGCUGCUGAUCAUGCUGGGCCUGCCCGCCUUCGUCUUCCUGCUGCUGCUGCUGUGUGAACAGGAGGAGCCCAGUCUUCUGAAUUUCCCGCCGCCUCUGCCAGCUUUGAGUGAUAUAUGGGAAACCAGAGUGUUUGGGGUCUAUCUACUCUGGUUUUUUGUUCAGGCCCUGUUCUACUUACUGCCAAUCGGGAAGGUUGUAGAAGGAACACCUCUUACUGAUGGAAGAAGACUCAAGUAUAGAUUAAAUGGGUUCCGCGCGCUCCUGCUGACGGCGGCCGCCCUCGGGGCCGCGCUGCUCUGCGGCGCCGGCGCCGACCUGCUCUUCGUGUACCGGCACUUCCGGCAGCUGGCGCUGGCGGCGCUCGCCUUCUCCGCGGCGCUGAGCGCCUACCUCUACGCGCGGGCGCGGCGCGCGCCCCCGGGCGAGCUGUCGCCCGCCAGCUCAGGAAAUGUUAUCUAUGAUUUCUUCAUUGGCCGGGAAUUAAAUCCUCGGGUUGGUGUUUUUGAUCUCAAAUACUUUUGUGAAUUGCGCCCCGGACUGAUCGGAUGGGUGGUCAUCAACCUGGUGAUGCUUUUGGCCGAGAUGAAGUUUCAGAACCGAGCUACUCCGUCCUUGGCCAUGAUUUUGGUGAACAGUUUCCAGCUCCUGUACGUGGUGGACGCCCUGUGGAACGAGGAGGCGGUGUUGACCACCAUGGACAUCACCCACGACGGAUUCGGGUUCAUGCUGGCUUUUGGGGAUCUGGUGUGGGUCCCCUUCACCUACAGCCUCCAGGCCUUCUAUUUGGUCCAUCAUCCAAACGAGGUGUCUUGGCCGGUGGCUUCUCUAAUUAUUGCUCUGAAAAUUUGUGGAUAUAUAAUCUUCCGAUGUGCAAAUGCUCAGAAGAACGCAUUCCGGAAAAAUCCCACUGAUCCAAGGCUUGCACAUUUAAAAACCAUCCAUACUUCAACGGGAAAAAAUCUCCUAGUGUCUGGCUGGUGGGGCUUUGUUCGCCACCCCAACUACCUGGGCGAUCUCAUCAUGGCCCUGGCGUGGUCCCUCCCGUGUGGCUUCAACCACAUCCUGCCGUACUUCUACGUGAUUUACUUCACCGUGCUGCUUGUGCACCGAGAGGCUCGGGACGAGCGCCAGUGCAGGAGGAAGUACGGCGUGGCUUGGGACAGGUACUGUCAGCGCGUACCCUACCGCAUCCUUCCUUACGUCUACUGAGCCUCAGCCCGCAGUGCUCGUAAGUGCGCCUCAAGAAAAGCAGUCUGCAAGAAACUUGCCUUCAUUGCCCUUUUGAGUCAGAACUCUAGAGCCUAGGAGUAAGCCUUUCCAUGUCGCUGUGUCUGUUUUUACUAAAUCAUAAAUAGGUGUUAGACUUUGCAUUCUGAUAGGGAAUUUUCAGUCCUUAACGCUGUUUUCUGUCUGCCAUCUUUUAUCAGUGCCCUGAGAAAAAGACUUUUGAUGUUUGUGGUUUUUGACUUUUUAAAAUUUUGCUUUGUGAAUUGGUUCUUCUUAAAUGAAAACACUGUUACAGGUAAAGUGUAUUAUGUUUUAUUGCAGUAAGAAUUUUCAUUUGCUUCCUUUAAAUUGACGCAUUUACUAGUGUGACUGGAAGUAGAAACCAGGCUCGCGUCAAACGCCAGAGCUAAGAGGGAGAGAGAAUUAUUAGUGGCACUGUCCUGGGAGGAGCGCCCGGCGGCCUGCGCAGCCAGAGCGUCUGGAGAUGUACAUACAUAGCUUUAUGUAAUAUAUGGUGACUUCAGAGUUUUCUGUACAGUAUUUUGAAUGUGAAAUAAUUGUCAGGACUGAGUAUCUUAACAAAACAUUUGCAGUAUUUUAAAUUAAGUUUUAUAAAGUACUACAGGUGGAUUAAAAUUUUGGAACAAUUAGAAUUCAUUUACUAUUGUAUAAAAAAUGCUAUUAAGAUAUAGGAAGGGUAUUUUUCUUAAUCCAAAGUUUGCGAAUUUGGCUUUUCUACCUCAAUUGCAGGUGUUUGUUUGCCUUUAUAAACUGUUCCAAAUAGAAAAAAGAAUAAAUAUAUAUUUUUGCAGUAACAUCCCUAUUUAAACAUUUUUACACAGACUGGUUGAAAAUUUGCCAUUUCAGGCUAAUAUUUUUAUAUGUUUUUGACUUUUUUAAUUGAACUGUUUUUGCUACUGUCGUGCUCAUGCAGUUUAUACUGUAUUUUGUAUAGUCUUUAUAGUUACAAAAUUCUGUGAAGGAGUGUUGUGUUCAUCUAAAAACAAUUUAAGGGACUAGUUUAAAAUCCUUUCUCUUGUAGUUUAAUAGAUGUGCAUAAGGUAGCUUUAGCUGUUAAGUUCUAGUUCAGUUGAUAUAGUCUCAUCAUUAAUUAUUCUAUAACGGGAAGUCCACUGAAGUUCAGUGUUCAAAUUUCAGUUUGCAGUAUCUUAAACAUAGGGGAAGCUAAUCAAUAGAGUGUGCAGGUUGGGUUUUUUAAUGAUACAUGUUCUACAUGAGCCAUUUGUGGCUGCAGCGCAUGACUCCGUCCCCGCGGCUGUGACCACGAGGGUGGUGUGCGCUGGUGUCCUGCGUCUUGUAGUCUGUAAACACUGUUCGGGGGAAACUGUGGCCCGGCCUCACCCAGGAAGCUGUGGGGACGAAGGAGGGCCUUGACUUCUCCCCCAGUGAUGAGAAAGGGCUGCAGUUUCUGGGUACCAGCUACAAAUUGUUUUUUACCUUUAU